GCACGCUGGCUGCUCCUUGCGGAGAGGCGUGGGACGCUUCGGCGGCGUGGUCUAGCGGCUCCGAGGGAGGCAGGCUUGUGUGCGCUCCCGCUUCCGAGGCCUAGUGGGCCGUCGGUGGCAGAGAGGUUCGGGGUUUGCAGCGGCCUGAGAGCUCGCGGCUAGCCGCGCCCCGGCCUCACCAUGUUGGUCCUGUUUGAAACGUCGGUUGGCUACGCCAUCUUUAAGGUUCUGAAUGAGAAGAAACUUCAAGAGGUCGACAGUUUGUGGAAAGAAUUUGAAACUCCGGAAAAGGCUAAUAAAAUAGUAAAGCUAAAACAUUUUGAGAAAUUUCAGGAUACAGCAGAAGCAUUAGCAGCAUUCACAGCUCUGAUGGAGGGAAAAAUCAAUAAGCAGCUGAAGAAAGUUCUGAAGAAAAUAGUAAAAGAAGCCCACGAACCUCUGGCUGUGGCUGAUGCUAAACUAGGAGGGGUGAUAAAGGAAAAACUGAAUCUCAGCUGUAUCCACAGUCCUGUUGUUAAUGAGCUUAUGAGAGGAAUUAGAUCUCAAAUGGAUGGCUUGAUUCCUGGGGUGGAACCACGGGAGAUGGCAGCCAUGUGUCUCGGGUUGGCUCACAGCCUGUCUCGAUACAGAUUGAAAUUCAGUGCUGAUAAAGUAGACACAAUGAUUGUUCAGGCAAUUUCCUUGUUAGAUGACUUGGAUAAAGAACUAAACAACUACAUUAUGCGAUGUCGGGAGUGGUAUGGCUGGCACUUCCCUGAAUUAGGGAAAAUUAUUUCAGAUAAUUUGACAUACUGCAAGUGUUUACAGAAAGUUGGCGACAGGAAGAACUAUGCAUCUGCGACUCUCUCUGAAUUUCUGUCAGAGGAGGUAGAAGCAGAGGUGAAAGCAGCUGCAGAGAUAUCUAUGGGAACAGAGGUUUCUGAGGAAGAUAUUUGUAACAUUCUGCAUCUGUGUACCCAGGUGAUUGAAAUUUCUGAGUAUAGAACUCAGCUGUAUGAGUAUCUGCAAAAUCGCAUGAUGGCCAUCGCACCCAAUGUUACGGUCAUGGUUGGGGAGUUGGUUGGAGCACGACUCAUUGCUCAUGCAGGUUCUCUUUUGAAUUUGGCCAAGCAUGCAGCUUCUACGGUUCAGAUUCUUGGCGCAGAAAAGGCACUUUUCAGGGCACUCAAAUCUAGACGAGACACCCCUAAAUAUGGGCUCAUUUAUCAUGCUUCUCUUGUAGGACAGACAAGUCCCAAACAUAAAGGAAAGAUUUCUCGAAUGUUGGCAGCCAAAACUGUUUUGGCUAUCCGAUACGAUGCAUUUGGUGAAGAUUCCAGUUCUGCAAUGGGAGUUGAGAACAGAGCCAAAUUAGAGGCCAGACUGAGAAUUUUGGAAGACAGAGGGAUAAGAAAAAUAAGUGGAACAGGAAAGGCAUUAGCAAAAGCAGAAAAGUACGAACACAAAAGUGAAGUGAAGACAUAUGAUCCCUCUGGUGACUCCACACUUCCAACUUGUUCUAAAAAACGAAAAAUAGAAGAGGUAGAUAAAGAGGAUGAAAUUACUGAAAAGAAAGCAAAAAAAGCCAAGAUUAAAAUUAAAGCUGAAGUAGAAGAGGAGGAGGUGGAGGAGGAGGCAGCAGCGGAGGAGGAGGAAGAAGAGGUAGAGGAGGAGCCAUCUGUAAAGAAGAAGAAGAAGAAGGAUAAAAAGAAACACAUCAAGGAGGAGCCACUUUCUGAGGAAGAGCCAUGCACCAGCACAGCAGUUCUUAGUCCAGAGAAAAAGAAGAAAAAGAAGAAAAAGAAAGAAGCUGAGGACUAAUGGAAAGGAACCCUAAUGUUGUCACCUGAACACAUCAUGCUUGAGACUGGGGCGUAUAGAUGCCGUGUAAAAUAAUGAAGGGAGAUUAAAUCCAAUAAUGAUUAUCUGUAGCUUCUCAAAACCAUUUUUGUGUCUUGUCAACAACUGUUAACCUUAGAGUCUUUGAUACAGAAAUAAAUAAAAGUAUUUUCUUUGUAUUA